AAUUAUUGUACGAAAGUUAGGCCUUACGUUGGUAGAUAAGAUUUUGAUUUUCUGUAAAACGUACAUUAUUAGAAAAUGCGCUAAAUUUAACUAUAGGGUCCCGCUGGUGCUGAUUUGUAUGAUAUGAGCUCUUGAUAACAUAUGCUCAGUUUGCAAGGCGAUAGAACAUAAAGAUAGGAAAGGUUGUUAGGUUAAUAGAGUGAUUGCCGGUGGACGGUUACAGCUUUGGCGAUGCUGUUUAGCGCUGAGAGGGAUUUUAGUGCAACCGAAUGGUCCGGAUAUACAAAACGGCUACAAGUUUGCAAGCAAAGAAUAUAUCACUGUUUUUCUACAUUAAGCUGGCGCCAUUCAACAUUUCGAAUUCGGUUCAAGAAAAUAUUCGUCGUUCUUUUUGCAAUGUUGUGUCUUAUGUUAAUGUGGAAAAACACCCCGGUGCUUUUUAAAUUAUCGUCACGACCAUCGUUUACAUGCCCACCGUGCGAGACCAACAAAAAAGAAACAACGAACGGAAUUGAAAAGACGGCGGUAAAGAAAGAUGAACCGGGCCUGCUGCAGCGUAUAAUCGGGGAAAGUACAACGGUAGGGCCCCCGCCCGGGUUGCCCCCACAAAUGUACAUGAAUAACUUGAGUGAACCGAGACCUCGGGUUGAAUAUAAUCUUACGCCGUGGAAAGUUUUAGAAGAAAUUGACAAACCUAUCAAUGCUAGCAAGUGCUCAAAUAUGAGAAGAGACAAACUACAUGCACCUGAAUGGUCGUUCGUAAUCAUGGUAAAGUCACGUGCGAGCAAUUUCGACAGAAGAGCCGCCAUUAGAGCAACGUGGGGAAGACUCUACUUUCUUAACGGCGUUCGCAUUGCGAGUGUGUUCGUUAUUGGAGCUGUUCUAGACCCUGUGCUGCAGGAGAAUAUACAAUUUGAAAACGACGAGCACGGAGAUAUACUGCAGUUUGAGGGGCCGGACGAUUACAAGAACAUGCCAAUCAAAGUGUUGACAGCCAUGCAGUGGGCUUCGGCAAAUUUGCCCAAGGACUAUAUCUACGCCUCUUCUGAUGACGAUUUUGUCGUGAACUUUGUCAACAUCAUCGACUUUAUCCGAAAACAAGUCAACCUACAGAUGUAUAAUAACAGAGGCAGUAAAACACAGCAGUCAGUGAGCGCCAUACGGGAGUCGCUACCUAUAUAUUGUGUGUAUUACUUGGAUAGGAUAAAAGGACCGAACAGAGAUAAUACAAGCAAGUGGUAUACGUCGGUGGAGGAGUACCCGGUGGAACGCUUGCCGCCAUACUGUGGCGGUGGGUUCUACUUGAUGCCUGUGGCCAUGACAGCGGAUUUGUAUGAGAUGUCUCGAGUGACGAUGGUCCUUUCCAUGGAUGAUGUAUGGGUCACUGGGAUUCUGAGGCAGAAACUUCAGCGAGGAGAUGAGAAUGUAAAGAAAUUAACUCUGCCUGAUAAAAAUCGCCGCGAAAACGAUUUGUGGACUCACUUAUGGGGGGAUUAUGGGACUAAGAAAGACAUCGCAAGAUUGCUACCUGCUGCGUGGUCUAUAUGGGAGAAGAGGGUGAAAAAACGACCCCACUGCGCUAGAGCAGAGUCGGUGACUCCAUAUCCAUCAGCAAACCCUUUGUUUAUAUUCGCAGGCGUCCCAGUACCGUUACAAGCGAAACUGGAGCAGGUGUGGGGUUAGGUGAAGCAGGGUUUCAUGAGCAUCUCGCGCUUAUGAAACACCCCGGCUCGCUAGGUCAGUAUGUGACAUACAUUUUUUACGCAACACAUCCCGAAUUUUUUCUCUAACAUAGAAAAUUUUUACCUAUCUAAUUUUAUAACAAUAGCAAGGUCAUAAUAUUUAAAAAAAACGAACAGAAUUGAAUCAAUAGAAAAACGGAAGUAGUUAAAACACGCCAUGGGCAAAUAGACGAGAAAGAGCGUCAAUUAAAAAGCUUAGAUGCUGAAACUUAUAACUAUUUAAAUUUUCAUAGCGCACAUUCCAGGACACACGCAGUAUAAGAAUGACCGUUUAAAGCGCUUACCUCAGGUUAGAGCCGAGUGGCAGGUGAUGCAAUACGUGUUAUUGUAGUAGGGUGGGAAAGACAGGACACCUUCAGCACAUAAUAUUUAAAUAUUCUGACUGUGUUUUAAACAAUAAACAACAGUCUAUGGGAGUCGUCAGGAUGCGGUAUUAUAAUUUUUUGAAUGUUUUUUCCUUACUACCAAAUUGGACAAGUAUAAAGAAUGAAAAGGUGUCCCAACUUACCCCACCCUACUAUCGUUAUCAUAUGUUUUAACAUGAUACACACACGUACUUUACAACUUUAAAUUCCUAUAUAUUUAUUCUCGUUACAAUAUACGAGUCUUAUACACUUGGUAUAAUCAGCCCAUUUUUUUUUUCUUUGUGUUUUUUUUUACAAAAUUUAUAUCGUUGUGCAUGAAGCAGCAUAUACUGCAGACACAACUUGCAUCAAAAGUUAUGGCUGGCUUGUUCAUUAUUUGCAAAUUUUACAUUUUAUUUUCUUUUUAUUGCUGGAAUAUAGAGUCAGUUGACCCAUUUACACUGAAACUACUAUUUUUUACAUAUAUAGCAGCGUAGUACAUCCGCUAACUGUAACGACCAAUUCGCUUUGUUCGAAUAUAUCGCUACCUUUGCUGCGAAUACGAUUUUCAAACAAAAUACAACUUUUGGCUUUGUUUAUUAUCUUCUCACCGUAUUUUACACGAUUACGUUGUUGAUCCGAGCUAGAAACUUAUCUGGGUAUAUAUAAUAACAAGGAGCGUAUAUACGGGUAAGGCAUUCAUGAAAUAAAAUAAACGUUUCAAAUUAUUAAAUGGAAUGGGUUGAAUUAUGCUUGUUGUGGGAUCAGAGAUUUUAGGGCAGAUUGAGCGGUUAUAUACAUAGUGCAUACUGCAAAAAAGUCUGGUUAGAUAGGAGUCGUUCGUUUGCUCUGUUUAAACGAAAAAAAA